UUAGUGUAACAACUUCAAACGAGAAGAAUUAGCGGGCAGCUGCCAGCCGUUUGUGCCGGACAUGUGUGAAUGCGCGUUUGUGUUGUAUGAGGUAAGAAGAAGAGUGGCUGCAGUGAAUGUCACAGCAGAGAACAAGAGUUGAGAUUUUCUUGUACAUGUACAUAAGUAUGUACUUUCGCUGAUAAGAACGUGCUGAGCUGCUUAUCACAACAAAAAGUACUCAUGGACAGCCGAGCCGAGCCGAGAUGUGAGAAGAGAAGCGAAAGCGGACGAAAAUAGAAACAAACGGCGAUAAAUUUACAGCAAAAGGCGAAUGUUCAUACCGAAGCGAUUCGCCGAUGGAGGAACAGCAAAGCAGAACGCAGAACAGAGUAAAAUAAUAAUCAAUCAGUUAAUCUGCUCAAUAGUUAAAACGUGGAAGUGACAUAGCCGAAUGGAAAUUGAUCGUGUAGACUAGCAAAUCGAGUUGUAAAGUUCCUUUAUGUCGAGAGAGCCUCAUCAAGUGAAUAAUUAUUUUGAUUUCUGGUCGAAUGCCGGCAUACGACCCACACGACAAUUAUCUGAACAAAGAAAAUCCAAUUAUUUUUAGUUUUGUAAGUGCAGAAAGAGCAACAAAUAAACGUAUAACACUCAAAUAAAUGUUUGUUGUUCGCCAGUGCCCAGCAUGUUGAAGUCGAAGCAAUUCCUGCAGAGAUUUUCGAAAGAAUAUUCCAAGUUUACGCCUGCGAACUUCAAGCUUAAGCGGGCCCUGGUGGUGACCAAACUCUCGCGCUAUGAAUUCGAGCAGCUACGCCAUCCGGGACUGUCGAAGGAGCAGCUGGAGCAGAAGCUGCGCGACCGGGGCACCGAUGUGGAGAUGGUCCUCUAUCUGCACAAUCUCCACAAGGACUUUGAGCGACGCAUCGUGCAGAGCUUCCAGGACGUCGGUUGUGAGGUGAAGCUGUCCAGCAGACUUGAAUUUAGAAGCUCUUUGAGCAAAGAUGUUAUGAGCUGGGCGGAUCUCAUCGUUCCUGUGGGCGGUGACGGCACCUUCCUUUUGUCCGCCGGCCGCGCCAGUCCCCUCUUUGCGCUUAGCCAGCAGAAGACACCAAUCGUGGGCUUCAACUCGGAUCCGCUUCACUCGGAGGGUCGACUCAUGCUGCCGAAGCACUACUCUGACAAUCCCGCCGAUGCAGUGGCCCGCAUCAAGAGCGGUGACUUCAAGUGGAUGCAUCGUUCAAGAGUCCGCACCACGCUGCUGGGAAGCAAUGGCAAGAUUCCGGAGUCCACGGAUCUGUUCCGGCACACAGAAGUCAAGAUGGAGCAGGUGACAACGGAUCCCGAAAUGCUGGAGAGUCACAUGGCCAGCAAAUACAAGGCAAAGAUGAAGCGCAUCCUACCCUAUUUAGCUUUGAACGAGGUUUUCAUUGGCGAGCACAUUUCGUCCCGUGUGUCCCAUCUGCAGCUUGUGCUCGAUCAUCAGGAUGUGGUGAACAAAACAAAGUGCUCGGGUUUGUGCGUUAGCACUGGCACCGGCUCUACAUCUUGGCACACAAGCAUCAAUCGCAUCACAAGCAGCGACGUGGACGAUUUGCUUCGAUCGCUGCCCAACAGCAACUCCGCCGAUGUGCUCCGGCUACGAGAGAAUGCUCAGGAGAUCGCCCAGCGGUACAACCAAGGGCUUCUCUUUGCACCAGACGAUCCACGACUGUGCUACUCGAUCAGGGAGCAGAUCUGUGUGGGCGUUUGGCCCUCGCCGAAGACAUUUAAGGAGCGCGAUUUCGUGAAGAAUGUGUUUGUGAAGUCACACUGCAUCGAUGCCAAUCUGGUCAUAGAUGGAAGCAUAUCCUAUCCAUUCAACGAUGGCGCCAAGGCACUGCUUGAGGUCCAUCCCGAGGAUGCCCUCCUGACGAUUGCCCUAGACUGAUUACCGAUGCCUUAGCCUUAGCGUGUCUGAAAUUUUAAAAUUAUUUAAGUAUGCAUUUUGCAGUCUACUUAGAAGUUUAAGCUCAAAAGUUAUUUUGUUAUUCUACAAACAUUUAUUUAAAAAUGUCUCUUAAACUCUU